AUGAAAGCCCCCUGCUCUGGCUCUGGUUCAGUCUCAAUGGGGGCACUGGGGCUGGAGGGCAGGGGUGGGAGGCUCCAGGGGAGGGGUUCCCUCCUGCUAGCUGUGGCAGGAGCCACUUCUCUGGUGACCUUGUUGCUGGCGGUGCCUAUCACUGUCCUGGCUGUGCUGGCCUUAGUGCCCCAGGAUCAGGGAGGACUGGGUUUCAGAAGCUGCCAGAGGAGGAGCCAGAAACAGAUCUCAGCCCCGGGCUCCCAGCUGCCCACCUCAUAGGCGCUCCGCUGAAGGGGCAGGGGCUAGGCUGGGAGACGACGAAGGAACAGGCGUUUCUGACGAGCGGGACGCAGUUCUCGGACGCCGAGGGGCUGGCGCUCCCGCAGGACGGCCUCUAUUACCUCUACUGUCUCGUCGGCUACCGGGGCCGGACGCCCCCUGGCGGCGGGGACCCCCAGGGCCGCUCGGUCACGCUGCGCAGCUCUCUGUACCGGGCGGGGGGCGCCUACGGGCCGGGCACUCCCGAGCUGCUGCUCGAGGGCGCCGAGACGGUGACUCCAGUGCUGGACCCGGCCAGGAGACAAGGGUACGGGCCUCUCUGGUACACGAGCGUGGGGUUCGGCGGCCUGGUGCAGCUCCGGAGGGGCGAGAGGGUGUACGUCAACAUCAGUCACCCCGAUAUGGUGGACUUCGCGAGAGGGAAGACCUUCUUUGGGGCCGUGAUGGUGGGGUGAGGGAAUAUGAGUGCGUGGUGCGAGUGCGUGAAUAUUGGGGGCCCGGACGCCCAGGACCCCAUGGCAGUGGGAAAAAUGUAGGAGACUGUUUGGAAAUUGAUUUUGAGCCUGAUGAAAAUAAAGAAUGGAAAGCUUCA